GGAAAUGGAAUGACAAAAGAGCAUUCAUUAAUUUGGAUUUCCUUCCCUCUCUCUCCAUUUUUACAAAAACACUUUUUAAAUUGGUUCAAGAAUUUGUUGGGUUUGUACUAAUAUUGUAAACUGUCUCAAAGUUAACAUUUUUUUUUUUCAAUAAAUUGAUUCAACACUUAGUUGGGUUUGUGAAAUUAUUUUAAAUUAUGAAGAAAUUGGCUCAAUAAUUUGUUGGGUUUUUGAAAUUAUUAUUAAUUUGUCGACAAAAUUAAUCUUUGUUAAGAAAUUGGUUCAAAAAUUUGUUGGAUUUGUUAAAUCAUUACAAAUUUGUCGAAAAAAAAAAUUAAUCUUUUUGUUUCAAGACUUUGUUGGGUUUGUGAAAUUAUUACAAAAUUUUCCCAAAAAUUUAAUCUUUGUGAAGAAAUUAGUUAAAUAAUUUGUUGGGUUUGUGAAAAUUAUUACAAAAAAAAUUUCGAAAAAUUAAUCUUUGUGAAGAAAUUGGUUAAAUAAUUUGUUGGGUUUUUAAAAUAAUUAUUGUUUAAUGGAGGGAGAGGUUGGAACAUCAUCUGCAAUGGCAACUACUAGUUUGAAAACUGAAAUUAAUGUUAAUGGCAUUUCUGUAAUUAAAUCAGCAAAGUUUCCAUUGUCGUUUUGGGAGAUUUGUAUAGCAAGUGGUGUCGUUUUGAGUUUCAUAUUGGGUCUUGUUUGUGUGUAUUUAACUAUGCCUGCUUCAGAUUACAGUUUUCUUAAGCUUCCUAGAACUCUUCAAGAUCUUCAAAUACUAAAGGAUCACUUGGAAGAUUAUACAAGUGACUACACUGUUCAAGUUCUCGUGGGGUACUGUUCGGUCUACAUUUUUAUGCAGACAUUUAUGAUACCCGGAACUAUUUUCAUGUCGCUGCUUGCUGGUUCUCUCUUUGGAAUUUUCAAAGGCGUAGCGCUAGUCGUUUUCACUGCGACUACUGGUGCAUCUUCUUGCUAUUUUCUAUCCAAAUUGAUUGGGAGGCCCCUUGUGUUUUCACUCUGGCCUGAUAAGUUAACAUUCUUCCAGGCUCAGGUGGCUAAAAGACGGGAGCGGCUGCUGAACUACAUGCUGUUCUUGAGAGUCACACCGACACUGCCAAAUACAUUUAUCAACGUUGCUUCGCCAAUUGUGGAUGUGCCUUACCAUAUAUUCCUCUUGGGAACUAUCGUCGGGGUCAUUCCUGCCACCUACGUGACUGUCAGGGCUGGAUUAGCUCUUGGUGAGUUACAAUCAGUUGGUGAUCUUUAUGACUUCAACUCUAUAGCCACCCUAUUCCUUAUUGGUCUUGUAUCUGUUACCCCCACAUUGAUUGGCAGCAAGUGCUAAUUGAAGCACAGUGAACUGCCUUUGCUUCCCUUAUUAUUUGCAGUGGCCGAUCCAGAAUACAAUCUGCGAGUUCCGCUUCUCACUCAAAUCUUAUGUAUACAGGGUUAAGUGUGUGUCUAUAUAUAUAUAUAUCAAAAUCUGCAUUUUCAACUUAGAACCUACGACGUCUAAAUGCUGGAUCCACAUACAGAUUAGCAUCGGUCAAGUGGAAUGUGCCCUUAAAUCUCGAUUCUCGAAAGUUUAUGGCCUUGGAUUCAAGCUAACGUCGACUAUUGGAUCACCUGUACA